AAACGACAAAAGGCAACCGUUUGUGGAAAACGAAUCCUUUGUUCUUGGGAAUGAGAGGAGGCCUCCGGCGAGUCUGAGUGAAGAAGAAGAAGAUAAAAAUGCUGGUAAGAAAUUUAUCUUCCCCAGUCUUAAAAUCAGUAUGGGCAAAAGAUCCUUCUUCUUCCUCCUCUUCACCAGACCCCCCACUACUCUUCCUCAAAACCAGAGCCUCUCCGCUUCCCAUCUCCGCGCGCCGCCGUAAUCCAAUCAAGAGAACCGCCGCAUCCGACCUCCAUCCUAUCAAAAGGGACCCACCCACGCCCAAGAUCAAAUCUUUCCACAAUGGGCAUUCUCAAUCCGGGCCGGAAAAUCAAGAAAGCGGCUCUGAUUUGACUUUGGGGAUAAUGCGCCGCGUGAUUGGCGGUGGUUGCGCUGGAGAUGGCGGUGGUGAGAAUGGGUUUGAUAUUACAGAUGAGUACUACCAAAAAUUAAUCCAAGAUCAUCCCCAUCAUCCUCUCAUACUUGGUAACUAUGCCAAGUUCUUGUCUCAGGUGAGGGGUGAUUAUGCUAAAGCUGAGGAGUAUUGUUUAAGAGCAAUACUGGGAAGUGGAAUUGAUGAAGGGAGUAUUUUAUCAAUGUAUGGUGAUUUGAUGUGGGGUCUCCAUAAAGAUGCUGAUCAAGCCAUUUCAUAUUAUGAUCGAGCAGUCCAAGCUUCUCCAGAUGAUUGGUAAUAAUUCUACCACCCUGUUUAUGUUUUUUAUAUUUAGAACAUGGCUGUUAGUUUAUCUAUGUGAGUGUAACCUGAAAAGUAUCUAUGUGGUAUACUGUUUAAUGUUAUAUACGCACACCUUAUACAUAGUAUUAUACUGCGGUUUCACUUUCUUUUUUGGAGCCACUCUUUUCAAACUUUGACCAUCGAUUAUUCAUAUAUUAUACUCAGUAUUAAAUUGUGAUUUUAAAAUGCUUCGGAAAAAAAUACUUAACAUGUACUCCAUCCACGUUUAUAUAGUUGCAAGUCUUAACACAUGCUCUUGGGAGAAUUACUAUUACCCCUUGGCGUUUGGUCAUAGUUACCAUAGUUACCACUCUAUUCAAAAUAGCCCAUAUCAUGAUUAUAAAUCAUAAUUGUUAAUGGGUAUUUCUUAUUUGUUACUAAUGGAAUCAAAUUGUUGAGUGGUAUGACUUAAGCAUAAGACUUGUAUUGAUGAAGGAAAAAUAUUUAGAAUUUUUAGAGCACAUAUUUUAGACUAUUUUUAUUAAUGUAUCUCAUACUUGUAUAUAUUAUGCGAGAUUAUUUGCCUAAGCUACUCUGAAUACCAUUUUUUUAUACUAGUAGCUAAGUAGAGUGAAUAAUGACCAACACCCGCGACUAAUAAUUAUGAUGAUCAAUUGUUUUGAAUUUUAAAAUUCUAUAUUGUACAACAACAUUUAUUGAACUUAAGAGUUAUACUACGCAUUAAAUAUAAUUAGAUCUUUAUUGACUUGGGGGGGCAAAUAGUGAGAAAAAUCGAAACUCGUGGGGAAACUAAUUAAUUUUUGAAAACGCAAGGUUGAACUUGUAAUUUUGACCAAACCUUAAGAUGUGAUAGUAAUUAUCCCUAUUCCCUUUUGAGAUAUGUUUAAAUACUUGUGACUUUUUCCCUUUUUGGUAAGUUUUUCAUCUUAAAAAGUUAAAUACCCUUUACUUUUUACUCUUCAUAUUAUUUUUCAUUACUAUCUUCUAAUUUGUGCACUUUUCUAUACUAUUCACUACCUACACUAUUCACUACCUUCUGUGUCUCACUUUAAAAGUUUUAAACUACAUGAAAAGACUAGUGUAUGAAAUGCCUAUUGUUGGAACUACACAAAUAUAGUAAAAAUCACUACUAUAUGGUUGUCCAUAACUUAUUUUGUAUUUUACUAGUAUAUACUUGAAUAAUACGGACUUACGGAGUACUCUCUAACUUCAAAGAUUGAAUUAUUGACCGUAGGAAGUGGAAACUUUAUUUUUAUAUAGGAGAUAUUCUUCCCUAAUGGUUUUAGUCAAUAAUCACUCGCAUUCACUGUAUAUUGUUUUUAGCUUUCUGAUUCAAACAUUAAAGUAAGAACUAAGAAGCACAAUUGACGGUGGUUUGAGUCCCUCCAGACAAUUAGGGAUGGUUUAUAGUUUUAUACACACACAACUUCCAUGUUUAUUUCUUUAGGGAUGAAUGAUUACUGAAGAAAAUGUUACAGUUAAUGUUACAUAUGCUAGUAAAUGCUGAUGUGUUGAGUUUCAAGAAUUUGGCAUAGUUUCCAAGGAUGUGAGUGUUAGAGAUAGUUUCAACAAAUAAACAUAUUUUGGAUGCAAUUCAAUUUUCAGUCAUGUACUUGCUUCGUAUGCUCGAUUCCUUUGGGACUCCGGUGAAGCGUUCGAAAAAGAAGAGGAACAACAAAUAGUGAACAGUGGAAAUAACAUCAGUUAUUCACCAAUUUGUGGAGGAUUGAAUUAGAUUAUUCAUUUAGUUUCCCUCAUGCAGUAAAUGUAAUUUCCUUUUCAUGUUUUCUUUGCUUGUUUUGUUUAUGUUUUGUGUGUUUAGAUUUAUUUUCAUCUUCUUGUUGGUAGAUUGGUAUAAUGAGUUAUAUGCAUGGUAGUGCAUAUUAAUUCUUUUUUGCAUCCAUCUCUAACAAAAAGAUGAUUCCUUGUUCCUUUCUUCUAUGUUUGGUUAAUUGGUUUUCAUAAAUGUGCAAUAAGCAUAAUACAUGUCCUUUUUUAUGACAAACACAAAGUUGUCAGUGUACUAUUGUUGGAUGAAUGAAGAAAAAUGUUGCUACCUUAAUACUUCUUUAUAAAGAAACAAUAGUUUCCUUCUAUUGCACA